AUGUCCGGUUCGACGGCACAGGGCGAGUCUUCGUCGUCGAGCAACUCCACUGCGCCCUCGUCUCCCGUAGUAUCGUCCCCCUCAUCGGUCCACACCGACGUGACCCACCUCGACCAGGCCUCCGCCACCUCGGCCGACGUGCCUCCGUCACCAAGCAAGGAGGAUGUCGCGCUUCCUGUCGAGGAGAAGCAGGCCAAAGCCAAGGCAUACAAGGACGAAGGCAACAAGCUCUUUGUUGCUGGUCAGUACGAUGCUGCCAAGCACCAGUACGGUCUCGCCAUCGCCCUUGACCCUUCCGUCCCCGCGUUCUACAGCAAUCGAGCAGCCUGUGAACUCAAGCUCGAGCAGCACGGUCUGGCGAUAGAGGACGCCACCAAGGCAAUCCAGCUCGACUCGAAGUUCUCCAAGGCCUAUUUCCGCAGAGCCAGUGCGCAUCUCAGCAUCCUCGACCCCAAGUCCGCUUUGCCCGAUCUCCGCACUGUGGUCCAGCUCGAGCCCAAGAAUGCAUCGGUCAAGGCGCAGCUCGAAGCGACGGUCAAGCUCAUCCGUCGACUCGAAUUCGAAAAGGCCAUCAAGGUCGCGGAAGGUGUCAAGGCAGCAGACACCGUCGAGUCUAACCUCAAGGAAGGAUCUGGCGGCACCGUUGUCCCGGACUCGUACACGGGUCCUCGCAUCGCAGAUGGCGACGAUGCCGAUUCAGCACACCUGGGCAAGAUCGACCAAAAAUUCAUCGACGAUAUGGUGGAGCACUUCAAGAACGGCGGCAAAUUGCACAACCGCUACUCUUGGCAGAUCAUCCUUGGUGCCUUCCGUGCCCUGCAGCAGGAACCUUCGCUGGUCGACUACCAGGUACCUGAAGGCACUACGGUGGAUGUGAUCGGCGACACGCACGGCCAGUUCUUCGACUUCAUCCACCUGCUCAACAAGACGGGCAGACCGAGCGACAAGCAUGCGCUUCUCUUCAACGGCGACUUUGUCGAUCGAGGUUCGUGGUCGGUCGAGAUCGCACUCACCGUAUUCGCCUACAAGUGGCUCUACCCCAAGACCACGCUCAUCAACCGCGGCAACCACGAGACGUCCGAGAUGAACAAGGUCUAUGGCUUCGAGGGCGAGUGCAAGGCCAAGUUUGGCGGCGACCUCGCUUUCAAGCUCUUCACACAGGUCUUCAUUGCGCUUCCGCUCGCGACGCUCAUCACCGCCAGCAGGCCUCCUCUGAAGGGCGAUGACCUGCCGGCUUCCUUCUCGAUCGCUCAGCGCGAACCCAUCGUAGCGCAGGAGAGCGGCUUGAAGCGCUUCUUCGUCGUGCACGGCGGCCUGUUUUCCAAGGACGGCGUCACGCUCGACGACAUUCGCGCCAUCGACCGCUUCAAGAUCGGUCAGCCCGGCCAGGCGGGUCUCAUGAUGGAGUUGCUUUGGAGCGAUCCUCAGACAGCGCCGGGACGUGGGCCGUCGAAGCGUGGAGUGGGUCUUGGAUUUGGUCCGGACAUCACCAAGGCGUGGUGCGAGCUCAACGGCGUCACGGCGGUGCUGCGAAGCCACGAGGUGCGCAUGGGUGGCUACGAGGAGGAGCACGAGGGCCGAUGCUGCACCAUUUUUUCGGCGCCCAACUACUGCGACUCGACGGGCAAUCUGGGCGCCUUUGCGCGCAUCGACGACCAGGGCAGCAUCGGUUGGACCGUGUUCGAGGCUCAGCCGCAUCCCAACAUCAAGCCCAUGGCGUACGUCGGGAACGCCAUGAACGGUAUGCUCGGCAUGUGA